AUCAACAUGAAACUUAAAGUGUCAUAUCUGUUGAUAUGCCUGGUCUAUUAUAUGCUCCAAAAUAAUGUCGAAGUUCGAUCAGCACAUAUGAAACGCAUUGUUAAUGGCUUGGAAGCAGAGCCUGAACAAUUUCCUUACCAAGUUUAUAUGGAAGUGUGGAAUACAACCACUCGGAAGUGGAAUCAACUAUGCGGAGGCACUAUAAUAUCGAAGAAAAUAGUUCUUACAGCAGCACACUGUGUAGGAAAACGAUUGCGUCGAUUGAAUCCCGUUACACUUCGUCUUUCUUUUGGUAUUAUCGAUAUUUCGAAGAAACUCGAAAAGGGACAACAACGCAUGAGCAACUGCAGUUCAAUCAAUAUAUUCAACCCGCCAAACUUCCUGAUCCCCAUAUUAACUACGACAACAAAGAAGCUGUUGCAUCUGGGUGGGGUACAACUGGCUUCAACUAUAAUGUUCCUAUAAAAUCACCUCAUCUAAAAUUUUAUCGCGUAACUACAAUGUCGGUGCUCUUUGAGCCAACAAAGAUAGCUGUGAUCAAUCGUUUAAGCACUGCUUG